CAGUGACCGAGUCCUGCAUUUUGGGGGCUUGAGGAGAGACCACGUCCUGUCCCACAGCCCCUCUUUGGGGAAGGUGUCUCUGGGAAAGGGGGGGGUUAAACCUUUCCCCCUCUGGGAAAGGGGGGUUAAACCUGGGGGACCAGUCCCAUGGCUGUGGGGCAGUGAGAGGGCUGGAGGUGGCUGGGACAGACCCUUCUGCCAGGGUUUGGGUUGCAGCUCAGCUUUUGGCUGGUGCUGGAUCUCCAGCCUUGCGGGGGGAUCCCCUCGAGCCUCCACUCCUGGCCCUGCUCAGCCCCCGCCGCCUGCCCGGGCUGAGGUGUUGAGCAAUGUCCGGGCUUUGCUCGCCUCUUCCCGGCAGUGGUUUCCCGCUCUCUGGCAUGAGCCAGAGGGAUUAACGUGCCGCUAAUCCCACUGUGUGGCCGGGAGGGAGGAGUGGGUCAGCCGGGGCUGGGAGCCUGUCGCUGCCGGGCGAGACGGUUCUGGGCAAAGCACUUGGAGUGGCGAUGCGUGGGGGAAUCGGGGGAAUAAUCUGUCGCUGUUGAUCCCAGAGGCGGGAAUUUGCAGCGUGGUGCCAGGCCCCAGGCACGGAAGAGGGGGAGAGCCGGGCCAGCGGACGUGUGAGCGGAGCUUCCCGGCUGGAAUGCACCAGCUCAGCAAGGGAUUGUCCUGCCCGGGCCGGGCGGGCGCUGCGCCCUGAGCCUGGUGGCCUCAACAGCUGCCCAGACCAUGGCGGGAGCAGACAGUCCCUCGGCCGCCCUCCGGCGCCGUGACCUGUGCGCCCGCGGCAUCCGCCUGGCCGGGAAGAUGCGCUCGGAUGUCGUCGACCUCCUGGACGCCUACGUGGAGCAGCAGGGCCUGGACGCCUCGGCCAGCGUGGCGGCGGUGGAGGGGGUGCCGCCGGCGGCGGUGGAGCGCUGGGACGAGCAGACGGGGACCCAGCGGCUGCUGGAGAACCUGGCGGCCUACAGGGCCUUCCGCGGGCUGCUGGCGCAGAUGCUGGAGGAGCAGCGGGAGCAGCUGGGUGAGGCCGACGCCGCCCUGGGCCGGGCGCUGGCGGCCGUGCUGCUCCAGGUCUCGGCCUUCGCCUACCACCUCGAGGAGCUGCUGCGGCUGGAGAGCCGCGGGCCCCCGAGCGACGAUGAGGGGGACGGGCCGCCCCCCCAGCCCCAGGGCGUCUUCGAGCAGAAGCUGCGGGGCCUGGGGGUGCUGCGGGAGCUGGCCCAGUGGGCCGUGAGGUCUGCGCGGGACCUGCGGCAGCUCGCCAAGCCCGGCCCGGGCGCCGGCUCGGCCCCCAGCCCGGCCGAGAGCCCGUGAAGGCGA